AACGACUCAUGUCACUCAUCUGCAGACGAAGUAAGUUGCCCACACGUACUUGUAUUGUUAAACAGAUUGCCCAUGCUCUUGCAUUAACAUGCAUGCAUACAUGCACCUCAUUUAGACGUGCCGUGAUAUAUUGCUUGUUUUGUGGAAAGCUCUCGUCCCUUGAUCUAAUUUAUUGCAAGGAAAUUCACAACCAGUCCACAUUAUACACUAGUUUAACCAUCUCUAGAUCGGUUCUGUUUCAGCUUUGAUACUUGAUAGUCAAACUUGCCUCGAAGACUUUUGCUCCUUAUAAAAGUUGAAAGUUUUGACAAUGUCCAUGUACAAAACUCAUUGACUUUGACUAUGCGAUAUAAAUUAUUUGAAAUGAUUACGACAACAACAAUAAAUCAAAGGGAACCGUGCAAUAGCAAUACACAGCCAUAAACAAUCAAUGAAGAAUCUGAUUUCUCUGCUCAUUUGUUUUCUCCUCUUUCCGACGAUUAAAUCGAGAGUAGCUGAUCAAAACGAGGAAGUUUUAAAAGAGGUUAGGGUUGGAUUGGUGGUAGACUUGGGUUCCACGGAAGGAAAAAUCCUCGAGACUUCUUUUGCCUUGGCGCUUUCAGACUUCUAUCGCAUCAACAAUGAAUAUCAAACCAGAGUCUCUGUUUUAGCUAGAGACUCUCAAGGAGACCCUCUCCUUGCCUUUGCCGCCGUUACAAACCUUAUCAAGAAUGCAAAAGUGGAAGCUAUUAUUGGGGCACAAUCAUUACAAGAAGCGAAGCUUCUUGCAACAGUUAGUGAAAAAGCUAAAGUUCCGGUAUUAUCACUUCUUGCUCCAAACUCAUUAUCUUUGAACAAGUAUGAUCACUUUAUUCAAACCACGCACGAUCCGACAUCAGAAGCUAAGGGUAUAACAAGUCUCAUACAUGAUCUAAACCAGACAUCGGUUGUGGUUAUAUACGAGGAUGCUGAUGAUUGGAGAGAGAGUUUGCAAUCACUCGUGGAGCAUUUUCAAGAUGAAAGAAUCAGCAUCAACCGUACUGCUUCUUUCUCCGAAUCAUCAGGAGAGAACCAUAUGAUGAAUCACCUAAGGAAGGUUACUAAGGUCUCAAGAACAGCAGUUUUCGUGGUGCAUAUGUCUAAUAGUCUUGUUUCUCGUCUCUUACAUUGUGCGGAGAAGUUAGGUCUGAUGGAACAAGGUCAUGUUUGGAUUCUCACCGCAAGAACCAUGCAUCAUUUUCAUUUCUCGGAUCAUUUCUCAACUAGGUCUAUGCAAGGGGUGAUUGGUUUCAGAUCCUACGUUCCAGUAUCAUCAAAUAUUAUGAAUUUUACUUCAAUAGCGACAAAUACAUUGAUGGAAACUAAGCGUUAUAGUGCAUGGGCACACGCCGUUGCUUCUAUUCUAGCAAACGCAGCUGAGAGAAUGAGUCUAAAAACAUCUGAAAAUGUAUCAUCAAACCUUCUUGAGACAAUGAGGCAGAGUAGUUACAAGGGUUUGAGUCAUGGUGGUGACAUCCAAAUGGUUGGCAACAAGUUUAUUUUAGGUACAUUUGAGAUUGUGGAUAUGGUUGGAACAAGGGAGAGAAGAAUAGGAUUAUGGAGUUGUGAUAGUUUUUGUGGAAUAAGAAGAGAUGUCAUGGCUUCUUCAACCAAUGAUCUUGAGAUCCCAAGACACCGUUUUCUGGAAGAGAAUGGUGAAACUAAGAAGGUUCUUAGGGUCUUAGUUCCAGCAGGAAACAAGGUUCCAAAUCUAGUGUCCAUGCGUCUUGAUCCUGAAACAGGUGUCUACACUGCCACUGGAUUCUGCAUAGAAGUUUUCAAGACUUGCAUUGCUCCUUUUAACUACCAGCUAGAGUUCAUACCUUAUAAUAACGGAAGCUAUAACAACCUUGCUUAUCUACUCUCUACUCAGAGUGACAAAUACGAUGCCGCUGUUGGUGAUAUAACCAUCACUUCCAACAGAUCUUUGUAUGUUGAUUUCACUCUGCCUUUCACAGACAUUGGUAUAGGAAUCCUGACGGUAAAGAAGAAAAGCCAAGGCAUGUGGACUUUCUUUGACCCUUUCGAUACAUCCUUGUGGCUAGCAAGUGGAGCUUUCUUUAUCUUGACUGGAGUUGUUGUUUGGUUGGUUGAACGGUCCGUUAAUCCGGAGUUUCAGGGCUCUUGGGGACAACAACUUUGUAUCAUGCUCUGGUUUGGAUUCUCCACCAUUGUCUUUGCUCAAAGAGAGAAGCUGGUGAAAAUGUCAUCAAGAUUCUUAGUCAUAGUUUGGCUUUUUGUGGUGCUGAUAUUGACAUCAAGUUAUAGUGCAAAUUUAACAUCAACCAAGACCAUUUCUCGCAUACAACUUAACCAUCAGGCGGUUUUCGCCUCUACCACUUUAAAUAAUAUGAAGCUUGGAUCCAUAAAUGCAGUAGAGGCAUAUGCUCAAGGUCUGCGUGAUGGAACUCUUAGUCAUAUUAUCAAUGAGCUACCCUAUCUCAACCUCCUUCUUGGUUACUAUCCAGAUGCUUUUGUAAUGACAGAUAGAGAGAGUAGUACCAAUGGCUUUGGCUUUAUGUUCCAAAGAGGUUCAGGUUUGGCUACUAAUGUUUCAAGAGAAAUCGCGAAGCUAAGGUCAUUAGGAACUUUGAAAGACAUGGAGAAGAGAUGGUUUCAGAAGCUGGAUUCAUUGAAUGUACGUUCCAACGCUGAAGAUGUUGCAUCUCUUAAUGACGUCGAUGAAGCAUCUAAUCGGUUUAGCUUCCGUGAGUUGCGAGGAUUGUUCAUCAUUGCUGGGUUUGCUCAUGUUCUUGUAAUAUCCCUACAUCUCGUUCAUAUGCGUCAGGAGCUACUCACCAAACUACAAAGCUUCUACUAGUAAAAAAAUGAUUCAUCAUUCAUAAGAUGAUGCAGUAUAGCCUUUGAGUUACAACUUACAACUUUCAAGAACAAGAAAGUACAGUUUGUAAAAUUUUGAAAUGAAUGCACAUGUAAAUAUAGUACUUGCUCCUAGUUUUAAGUUUAUAUCAAUUUUAUUUCAUGCUAUAUAAGUCAGAACAACACAAAAAUAGAAGAAGCAUUACUUCUUUACAAUUUUUUUAAAAAAAAAUCUUUUCUGAAUAAGAUUAUGAACUAAGUUUAUAAUCAGCAUACAUAUAUGCUGGUUGCAUCUUUCUGUUGCAAAUAUGCGUCAUCUCAUACGCAACUUUUUGGAUACUAUCAUGAAUAUUAAAUCGAACAUUUUACAUUCAACUUUACGUUGACUUAAGGAAAUAAUAAAAAUAC